GGCCUAUUUUGAAUCUCAGUCCAGCCCUGGUCACACGGCAGCUCCUGGUUCCACAUAAACACCAGAGACUCCAUCUUUGUGAUGGGCACUCAAUUCCCGGCAGAUUCCGCAGAGACAGGGAAUAAUCAGCUGCAGAAGCCCCUCCCCCAGCGAGUGUCACUCACAGCCCCUCCCCCAGCACUGAGCCUUCCUCUGCCCCACAAUAAGACACAUUUGCUGGGAUGACACUGACUGGGAAUUCGGCCAAGUUCUCACACAUCAGCGAGUUCACUCCUGGGCUUCAAACACUGAGAGGUAUAAAGGGACUUGGUUCCCGCGCGCUCGGUGAUUGGUCGCUUUUGCAGUGACAUCAGAGGCGCCAUCUUGGGUGAGGCAUAGAGAGAGCGAAAGCGAAACUAUUGGCCAGCGCUCACUGAUGUUUUUACUCCUCUUCUCUAAACCCAGAGCUCUUUUUCUUUCCAUUAAUAUAACCCUCCUCCUCCUCUCGGAUAAUCUCUGUGUAACGUCUCCGGCAGGCGGAUGUCACGUGCGCAGUUCCAGUUCCUGACCAGCAAGGGGAGUCCGAGUGUCUUAUCCGCUAGUGACCAGCAGGGGGAGCCGGAAGCAGGAAGUGUCGCGCUGAGGCCCAUGGCCCGGGCACAGUCCGAUGUGAGUCCCGCCUGACGGACAGACAUGGCGAGUAAAGUGCCGGUCCCGCUGCCAACGGUGCUGAUGUCGGUACGGGCCUGGCUGGGGGCCCCGGGGCGGGAGGCGGUACAAUUACAGCUCAUCCUGGGACCGGACAGUCUGCGCGACUUUCGCCUCUCAGUGCGGGGCCUGACGGGAACGGUUGUGACAGACUUCAAGCUGAGCGACGUCUCGUAUGAGCAGAAGAGCAGCAAGUGCCACGAGUUACUGGUCCCUGGGCUCCCAGGCAGCUCCAUACAGUUCUGCUUCGAUGACGAGAGAGAAGCCCAGAAAUGGUGGACUGUGCUGAGCAGCUCUCUGAGAGAGACACGCAAAGAUUCGCUCAUUCAGGGAAAUGGAGGCACCAAACCUCCUGCAGUCGAUAAGCCAGCGAUACUGGGGAACAAGAAUGUCUAUAAAUGCCUUUCAGAGGAUGCAGCAGAGGUGUCCAUGGAUUUAUGCACAAAAGAAGAUUUAGGCCUUCAUCUGAGCAGAGCCAUAGAGUGUGGAGACCAGGAGUUGGCCCUCAAGUUUGCAGUGGCGCUGGCAAAGCAGAAGGUUCCCCUUCAGGUCCAGUUAAAGCAAUCCUGCUACCCGAAAACUGAAAUCUGUAUGAAGGUUGGGGUUGAAGACGCGUCUGAUUCAGUGAACAUCUCAACGUAUGUUCAGCCUCACACUACCGUCGCCAUGCUCAAACAACAGAUAUUCCGGGAGCAUCAGUUCCACCCGAGUAUUCAGCGCUGGAUCAUUGGCCAGUGUCUGUGCUCAGAUGACAGGACAGUCGCUUCCUAUGGAAUAAAAAGAGACGGGGAUACCGCCUUUCUCUACCUAUUAACAGCCAAGCAGAUGAAACUCGGGGUGCCCGAUCCGUAUCUGAGCGUAAACCCUCCUCAGCCUCACGUCUCUGCACUUACUAAGCAAAGAUCCAAUACUCUUCCCCACAGGCCAGCACCAAAGCCCAAUGUCGGUCAGAGGAUGGAGCACACGGGAAGGGUGAAUAUAGUGGACGUGGCCAAUAAACUGCACUUACCAAUGGAAUCACUGAGUCUGUCUGCAACUCCUCCUCCUGCCCAGGCUGGCUGGUCCUGUUCCGUCUGUACCUUCAUCAAUAAGCCGACGAGGCCGGGCUGUGAGAUGUGCAGUUCCACCAGACCCUCCACAUAUGUCGUCCCUGAGGAAUAUAAACCUGAUGAGAAGGAGCGGAGGAGACUGCAGAUGGAGCAGGACAGUUUGCAGCAAUACAAAAAGGCUUUGGAUGAGGAGAGAUCCCAGAACUUUCAGCACCUGCUGCAACUGGACAACGAGGUUCUGAUCCCAAACCAGGAGCCCAUUGAGUGUCGGAUUUGCUUCUCAGAGGUCCCAGUGGGGGGCGGUGUUCUGCUGAGAGAAUGUCUGCACAGCUUCUGCAGGGAAUGUUUGCGGCAACUAGUGAACUGCUGUGAGGAGCCGGAGGUUUCGUGCCCAUUCAGGGAUGAGACGUACGGGUGUAACAGUAAACUGCAGCAGCGGGAGAUCCCGGGGCGUGAAGUGCAGCACAAUAUCAGGGGUCGCCAGACCCCGGCACAGACUGACCCUUUUCCCUCUCUCUCGCUGGCAGUUGGUGUCGCAGGAGGAGUACAGUCGCUUCCUGGAGCGGGGGCUAGUGCAGAGGGACUGCACGAGAGGUUAUAUAAGAGGGAUGCGACCGCUUAUGAGUGGCGGCACUGCGGGUUAUUGCAGCAGGGCAUUCCAGGUAUGCGGAAGGGACCUGCGGAGUUUAGCGCAGAGGACUGCGGGAUUAUACGAGAGGGACUGCGGGUAUAUACAGAGUGGUGCCGGGACUAUGACAAGAAGGGACUGCGGGGUUAUACAGAUGAGGCUGCUGGGGUUCUAACUCAGAGUGGGAUUUGCGGCCAGUAUAAAGUCCAUUUGGCACAGACGCUGGUUCAGACGGGGGAGGCGAUGUAUUGUCCCGUGUGUCAGAUUAUUGUACAGAAGAAAGACGGAUGUGACUGGAUCCGCUGCACCAUGUGUCACACUGAGAUCUGCUGGGUGACUAAGGGCCCGCGCUGGGGGCCACAGGGGCCCGGAGACACGUCGGGAGGCUGCCAGUGUAAUGUCAAUGGCAAGAAGUGUGACCCCCGCUGUCAGAAUUGUCACUGAGUCCAAAAAGGGGGGCUUCCUAUCCAAGGAUACGACUGGAAUAUAUAUAUAUAUUACAUUACACCUUGUGCAGGGGGGCCCACCAGCUGACUGGAACAGGGUCACAGGGUACAGGCUACAGCCCCCUACGGUUAAACCCCUCCUCUUCCUCAGCUGCAGUAUUGGGGAACUUUGGGACUGGAGUAAGAAUCAUGCAGCAUUAACAGAGUAUUAUUUACCCUUUAACAGACUCAUUAACCUCAAUGGGUUUUAUUUUGUUUGUAUUUUAAUUUCCUUUUGGUUUUACUUCCCCUUGAAUUCAAUAACGAGCACAGCUGAUUGGCUAGUGGAGCGGCGCUACUUCCCGUUCGCUUGUUUAUUAUUUGUCACUCACAGUCCGUUUCCUGCGACACUAAUGUGGUUUUGACUCCGCAGGAAAUGGAAUCAAUAAUAAUAAUAAGUGAGGUCUAUAUCAGUCAUUAGAAGAGAUGUGAACCAGCGGGAGGUGAUGAUUGGCUGAAUCGUAUCACCCCAGUGGUGUCACAUUUAUUUCUCCUUUAAUUUAAAGGAACCCAAUAAUAAUAAUCAUUAAUCUAUGCACAACGAUAUAUUCUCAUCGCUCGACAUUUGCUCCUUAAAGGGAUACAGUCGGGAUUUAAAGCUGGCGGGUAAAAAGAAACUUGCCGUUUUUGGCAGCAAACGUUAUAGUUUUGUAAAGUUAUGUACGAACUGGAAUUCUGUCUCAGGGUAGAAAUCUCAGAAAGGGCAAGCCACAUCGCGAGCGUUGCAGUUGGGCGUAUUUGUUCAGGUUUUCCUCUUUAUGCCGCUCUGCUCUCGAAUGCUACUAGUGCGCAGUCCAUACACUCACUGGCCUUCAUGUGAUCUACAUUCAGUCUGCUCACUAGCGAGCGGCAGCACUAGGCACAGAGCAGGGGAAUGACCCGCAAGCACCAGCAUUGGGUCGUUUGGAGUCACUUGCAAAGAGGCAGCAACAGGAUAAUAGCGGAGAAAUCACAUGCAGCACUAGGGUUAUAUCAGGGCAAUUGCUUAUGAGCAGGCAGUGCUAAGGUUAUCAUCCGGGGAAUCACAAGCAGGCAGCACUAGAGUUAUAGUGGGGGACUCACAAGCAACACUAGGCUGAGGAAUCACUCAUACACAGCCAGUCCCAUGUUUAUAGCAGAGGCAUCACUUGUGAGCAGGCAGCACUAGGUUUACAGCAGAAGUCACUGGUGCACAGACUCAAUUCAAUUUAUGGCAAGGGAAUCACUAGCACUUGUGAGCAGGCAGUGCAAUGCUUAUAGCAGGGGGAAUCACUUGUGAGCUGGAAGCACUAGGGAUUUGAAGGGUAAUUACUUGCAAAGAUGCGAUGCUAGACCUAUAAACGUGUUAUAAGCACUAGACUUCUAACAUGGGAAUUACUGGUGAGCAGACAGCACUUGACAUAACAUGGCAACUCUUGACUUAUACAAGGGGCAUUGCUCGUGAGCAGGCAUCACUAAACAUAACAUGGGGAUUGCUUGUGAGCAGGCAGCACUAGACUUAUACGGGGAUUGCUUGUGAGCAGACAGCACUUGACAUAACAUGGGUAUUGCUUGUGAGCAGGCAGCGCUAGACUAAUAACACGGGAUUGCUUGUGAGCAGGCAGCACUAAACAUAACAAGGGGAUUGCUUGUGAGCAGGCAGCACUAGACUUAUAACACGGGAUUGCUUGUGAGCAGGCAGCACUAGACUUAUUAUACGGGGAUUUGUUGUGAGCAGACAGCACUUGACAUAACAUGGGGAUUGCUUGUGAGUAGGCAGUGCUAGACUAAUAACACGGGAUUGCUUGUGAGCAGGCAGCACUUGACUUAACAUUGAGAUUGCUUGUGAGCAGGCAGCACUAAACAUAACAUGGGGAUUGCUUGUGAGCAGGCAGCACUAGACAUAACAUGGGGAUUGCUUGUGAGCAGGCAGCACUAGACAUAACAUGGGGAUUGCUUGUGAGCAGGCAGCACUAGACAUAAAACGGGGAUUGCUUGUGAGCAGGCAGCACUAGACUUAUAACACAUGAAUUGCUUGUGAGCAGGCAGCACUUGACUUAACAUUGGGAUUGCUUGUGAGCAGGCAGCACUAAACAUAACAUUGGGUUUGCUUGUGAGCAGGCAGCACUAGACUUAUAACACGUGAAUUGCUUGUGAGCAGGCAGCACUUGACUUAACAUUGGGAUUGCUUGUGAGCAGGCAGCACUAAACAUAACAUGGGUAUUGCUUGUGAGCAGGCAGCACUAAACAUAACAUUGGGAUUGCUUGUGAACCGGCAGCACUAGACUUAUAACACGUGAAUUGCUUGUGAGCAGGCAGCACUUGACUUAACAUUGGGAUUGCUUGUGAGCAGGCAGCACUAAACAUAACAUGGGUAUUGCUUGUGAGCAGGCAGCACUAAACAUAACAUUGGGAUUGCUUGUGAACCGGCAGCACUAGACUUAUAACACGUGAAUUGCUUGUGAGCAGGCAGCACUUGACUUAACAUUGGGAUUGCUUGUGAGCAGGCAGCACUACACUUAUGGAAUAAUGAACUAGCACUUGUGAGCAGGCAGCACCCAGAAGUUAAACGUUUAUAGAGAAAAAGUGAAUGAAAACAAAUUGGCCAGUGGCAACUAAUGAGCUCUAUGACAAACAAAUUAUUUUUUGAUCUCACAACACAGAUUUUGUGUGUGUCAUGUUUGUGUCGCGUCAGGGAAAUCACACGGCUGCUUGCAUGCCUCGCAAUGAUCGUCCAAUGGGAAUAUGCCACAUCAUCACACUGAGAAACACACGCCUACUGGAUUCACAAGGUGUCACUUUGCUUUGUGUGUGUCAAUAAAAUGCACAAUUCUGA